GUCACCCGGGCGAACGCAGUCCGCGGCGGCAGUCAUCUCGGGGAUGAUUGUCGAUGGGCGGACUGUCGGCAUUGAACUUGAGCAACGGAUCGCGGAGAAAAUGUCGGCUUACAAAAUAAGGUCGGAAGUUUUGAGCGAAAAAGACUUGGCGGCCGAAACACAAGUGCAAGAAAGUAAAAAUGCUGUAUCCAAGUUCUUUUUCAAGUAUCCACCGCACAUGCGAAAAAGUCGUUUGGGGAAUGGAGUUUUAGAGUACGACGAGGACGGCGACUUGAUCCUGGAUCGCAGUGAAGAAAGAAGUAUUUUAAUUGAGCAUAGUACGGCCACGGAACUCAAGUUGGUUGGCUUGCAAAUUUGGCGCGGUGCAUUACUACUUGGCGAUUACAUUCUAUCCCACCCAGAUAUAUUUCAAAAUAAAACCGUUCUAGAAUUAGGUUCUGGAGUCGGUUUUGAUAGUAUUAUUGCCGGUAUGUCAGCGAAGGAAGUCAUUUGUUCAGACAUCAACCUUGGCGGGAUACUUAAGCUGAUAGAAAAGAACUUUGAAAGAAAUAAAGUUCUAAUAAAAUCUAAUGUUACCAUAACGGAACUUGAUUUUUUGAAUACAGAUUGGAAUACAACUUUGAAGAAUAAAGUUACGAAAGUGGACGUUAUAAUGGCAGCCGACGUCAUUUACGACGAUAAGAUAACGGACGGCUUCGUGAAAACUUUGACGAAGCUCCUGGAUUUACCAAACGUGCGACAAGCUUAUGUGGCCAUGGAGAAGCGAUACGUAUUCACGAUCACCGAUCUCGACUCCGUGGCCCCGAUGUACGAGGAGUUUUUACGAUGCAUUAAGCGCCGUAAAUUGAACUGGUCGAUCGAGGAAAUUGAUUUGGACUUUCCACAGUACUUCCAUUAUCAAAGGCUCAGUCAAUUGUUAUUGAUGAAAAUCGAGAAGAGGCAUUGAGUGUGCUUUUUAUAUUUCGCCGGCCGUUGAAUUUAUGUGAGAAUGGAUGAGCAAAAUAGUCGAUUUUUCAUAAGAUUAACAAUUUCGUCAUUUUCUAAAUACAAUAUGUCACGACUUGGCGCAACGAC